AUGGCUAGAUCGCCGGGUGUUAGAUUGAGUUUGAUAGUAAAUUCGCCUGAGACGAAGGAGCUCGCCAAAUAUGACAUAAUGAGGGCCGAAGAGCCACCAGCUCGUGGAGUCGUGAGCCAUAACUGGGACGAGGAAUUUUAUUACUUCUUGCAAUUCACCCCGUUCUGUCGUAUUCAAUAUGAGCACUACUCUCUUCAACACCGGUCCCAGAUACGCCUUUGGCGCGCAGAAUUCCAAGCAUAUGCCCGCGACCACCUACCUACCCUUACCUAUCACCACAGCACGAGAGUCUAUCACUACGGCAUUGCCAUGAAAUGCUAUCUGGUCCCCGAGUGGGAAUUUACCGAUGAGACUUAUUUUCUGACUUGCAUGCUGCAUGAUAUCGGCGCCACUGCUGAAAAUAUUAGGCAGGCCAAAAGUCAGACAUAG